AUGGAGACGAGCAAAAUGGACGAUUUUUCAAUUGCCCUGAUGGACAUUACUGUUGAUCUGGAUCAACACGUUUGCCAGCAAGUAUCAGAGUCAUUACAUGCAUUGGGAUGCCAUCAGCCAGAAGUGGUACUAAUUGCCUGCCAUGACUAUCUUCUCUACCACAACAGUUUGGCACAGGGGCAACGUGCUAUUAUAUUGCACAGUAUGGAGCUGAUUGUCAAGGACAAUAUCAACCAGAUUGCCCUGCCACUGGCUCAAAAACUUAUAUCUAUGGCUUCAGAGGAGAUGACUAAAUCAAAAGAAAUAGUUCCUGAGUGGCAGGAAGCAGCAAGUAACCUCCUGGUUGCUCUGGGCUGUGGGUUUAUUAAGGAAGUGGUGCAUCAGAUAAUGCAAUUGUUCCACCCAGAGACCAUUCCACAUGUCUACUUAGUGAAAACUUUGGGGAGUCUCUCAGUAGCAAAUGAUCAUGGCAUGGUGCCUUUGCUAAAGAACAUUUUAGAAAGUAUGAUUCCAUUGCUUAUCCUAAUAAAACAGGACCACGUGAAAUCUGUGUUCACUUCAGCAUUUGGUCUGUUUUGCAAGAGUAUUUUUGAGUAUCUGGACAAUGCGGAGAAGGUUCCAGGCAUUACAGUAACAAAAUAUACAUUCUCUGAUGAGAUCAACAUCAUUUAUAACAUACUUUUCAACGUGUGGCUUCAGAAGAAAGAAUCCAAGUUAAACAUUACAAUAGUGGAAGCUCUAGGGUACAUCAUUCCCUUGAUGCCUAAAGAAAGACUAGAGGAUGAGUUGCCCAAGUUAAUCCCAGGAAUCUUGUCCUUAUAUAAGAAACACUCCGAGCAGUUUUAUAUCAGUCACGGCCUGUGCCACGUACUGAAUGCUGCCAUGGAUAUGGGCAGUACAGUGUUAAAAACACAAAUGGACAGCCUGUUUCAAAACCUACACCAACAGAUCUGUGUUCCAGUGGAUAAUAAUAACCAUCUCGCUGCAAAAAAUCACAAUGAAAUCCUUUGCUGUUUCACAGUACUAGCCCGAACUUAUUCAGACUCACUAAUUGAAUUCAUUCUACGUAAGCUGGAAAACAACAACCACCAAAUCAGAAUCGGAACCCUGGCUGUUUUGAAGCACCUCAUUAAUUCUGCCUCUUCACAGCUAGAGAAUAAAAAGGCUCAGAUUCUCGCUGGCAUGAAACUGACACUUCUGGAUAGUAACAAUAAUGUCAAGAAGAUCAUUUCCCAGGUAAUUUGUGCCAUGGCCCAUCAAGGCUAUCUAGAUCUAGAAGGAGGAAAGACAAUGGUGGAAUUCAUCAUCCAUCAGUGCGCUCUGCUCACUGAUUCACAGAGCGUACCAACAUUCAAUUCUGAUCCAGAUAAGGUUACAGACGAAGAGUUAAGUAGGACAUGUGAAAUAAUGAUGUCUAUUAUCACAACUACAGUGAAGAUGGAGGAUGUUCUCUGGCCGUUCUUAUUAGAAUUUGUGACCAUGAUUCAAUACACCAAAGCCUUGGCACCAGUGUGUAGGUGUUUGGCACAUCUAGGAAAGAAGAAACAGCAAAUCGGGAGUGAAAGUUUUUUUCUUAAUUACGAUGACAACCCAAAUCUUCCUAAACCCCAUGCACUGCUGACACGACUCCUUGUUGUCUCUUCUUGUCCAUAUCAAGGAGGAGGUCGAGGCGCUCCUGCUCUUAGGUUAUUGCAAGUCAUAAGUCUGAACAUCCACCCAGCAACAGUGAGGGUGUGGGAAGAGGAGCUUCCACCUUUAGCCCAUUAUUUGGUGGAGAAUUCAGAGGUGUCUCUUCCCCAGCAAGAAUGGGAAGAGAAACUGUUGCUUCUUUUAUCCAGAACUCUGAAAACAAUUGAUGAUGAAGUGUGGACAUGCCAGCUGAGUGAAGAAAUGAGCAAACAAAUUUACAGCUACUACAGUUACCCACAAGAGAAGGGGUUUCUGUACAAAUGCCUUGGCAUUGUGCUGAGGCAGUCGUGCAGCAAAAACAUAAAGAAGGAACUUCAGCAAAUGCUAUUGACUGUUCAACACAAUGAGGCAUUUGAGAGAGAGGGUGUAGCUGUUGGAGUAGGUUUCUGUGCAAUGAACCAUUUUGAUGAUACCCUCAGUAGCCUGGAGGAGUUUUCUAACCUAGACAACAUCUUUAAGAAAACCAAAACUUUUUUUAACAUCCCGAAGGACAAGCCUGAAAUUGAUGUAGAUAAAGUCAAGAGCACAUUAGUGUUGUGUUAUGGGUACAUGACACUAUAUGCACCUGAGCAUCUUGUUUUGUCUAGAAUAGAGGCGCACAUCCUGCCAGUUGUUAUUAAUCAGUUUGGUGCAAAUGGGCAAGUGAUGAAGAUGUGUUAUAAGGACUUCACACUAAGAAUGAGCCUGAUAAAAACCGUGACACUGAUAGCCAGAGCCAUUCUUUCCAACAGACUUGACAAGUAUAAGGAAGAUGGAAACUUGGACAUGAUGGCGAGAGAGUUACUUUACACUGAAACAAUAACCACUCUGCAGAGUUUUCUAAAGCAGAUCUUACUCCUGGAUUUGUCUCCGGGGGGUCUGCAAGCGAUGUUCAACCACAUUGAAGGGUGGAUAACAUCAACUAAGGAUUAUGAGCGAGAGAGAGCCAUGGACAUCACCUCAAAGCUGUUAAGGUUUUACUUGGAGGAGCUCAAUGUGAGGAAUGUGGUGGCAUUCCAUAAUUUGGGAAGCCUCAUUGGGCGCUUGGUGCCAAGAUGCUUAGACCCAUUGCUGACCACACAGCAGAUGGCCAUGGAUUGCUUGUACAUUCUUCUCUACAUCCAAUUAUGCUACGAAGGUUUCGAUUUGGAUCAGAAAGAUGAACUGGUGGAGCAUCUGAAAACAAUCCGACAACAGUUAGAUGCCACAAACGGUGGCCCAGUCCUCUUUAAAGCAUGUUGUGAGAUUGCCGAGGUCAUUUCGAAACGUUUGCCCCAUGACCAGCUGAGCAAUUUAAUCUUUAUGCUCUUAAAUGGACUGGGUGACCAGCAUCCCAGCUGUGCCAGUGCAGCCGCCAUAGUCAUGGACAUUGUCAUUAAAAGGCGUGGGUCUGGGCUUAGGGAUCAGGUCUCAGAGAUAUUGAAAGUGCUGCAGGUUCAAAUGCACGCAAUCACUGAAAAAGCCGUGAGGCUUUCAGUGAUACAUUCUAUUGCCAUUCUGGCAUCUCAGAACAUGCCAGCUGUUCUAAACUGUCUCCUCACCUACCCUCUCCCAUUGAAUAAGUACACCAGUGACAUAUGGAAAUCACUAGCGGAGGAUACCUCAUUGGCCACAAGUACCAUCAAACACUUGUUGGACAAGUUGAACAAACAGCCACUGUUUGAGGAGAGAAGAGACUCCCCUAUGGGCGAUAAUGCGAUGAGGCAUAUUGCCUUUGAACCUCUGGCUGUGACUUGCGCUCUGCGUGAAAUAUUGUCUAAACCCGAGUCUGCAGAGGCUGUCAACAAAUUGUACGCUCAGCUAUUCAGCAGCUUAAUAGUUCACCUCAGUUCCUGCAUAAAUGUGCGCGUGUCUAAAGAUUUGCUUUGCAAACCGCUACCAAAGGAGCCAAAUGACUCAGACCAGGUCACAACUGCCAAGAGCAGAGAUGUUUGCAUUUACUCGGUGGAGACGCUCAUUGCCAUGUUGAAUCAGGGGGAGAAUGAGGAAGUGGUGAAUUAUAUGAAGGAGAAGGGAGGCUGGGAUCUCAUGAUCGACCCACACAAAUACCACAAAGGUGUUAUUCUGCUGGCCAGAGCAAUGGCCAAAUACGCUGCCCCUCAUCUAGUCGGUAUUGUAGAACAGCUGGCACCUGCCAUCCUCAAUAUACAAGAGAAUCAGAAAGUCACUGUAGCUGCUUUCUUUGGAGAGCUGUUAAAACACCAUGUAGUCUCACAUUUGCAACUCACCUUCGUGCUUGUGAGCAGCUUGUUGAGAUGUCUGUUUUACACCCCCCCUGUUGUCCGCUUGCUGUCCAUAAGAGGCCUGGGUAACGUUGCAAUCGGGGUUCCUCACAACAUUGAUAAAUACGGCACCAAGUUACUCUGUGCGAUGAUUGCUGUGAUGGACGAGAAAGACGACCCCAACGAUUUCAUAAUGCUCGAGGUGAUGUGUUGCCUCACCAAGCUCUUACAGCAGUUGGAACCAAACACUGUAAGACCCGUUCUGAUCAAAAUAGCCCUUGGGGUUCAGAACUUCUUUGAGACUGACAACGAGAAGGUGCGAGCUGCAGCAUAUACCGUGUUUGGAAACUUAGCUCGAUUUGGAGAUGGACAUGCAAAGGCUUCUUUCCUAGAACAAAUCCAUUUGAGCCUGGUCAGCCUGCUGGUGCAUCUGAAUGAAAGCGGUGAUGAGGUUGUCAAGGCUUGCAAAUUGACGUUGCGCUUGGUGGUUCCACUCAUGGGGUCUGAGAGUAUGUCUAUGAACGCGCACAAGUAUUUGAUGGGGGACAUUCUGAACUAUGGGGAGUUCAUGAAGGACACUUCCAAACAACUCGUCAAAGACUUCCCUGAUAUGAUCAACUCCUAUGUGACCGGCUGCACGUUGUACUUCAAAAGACCUCAGCCUGAGAUCAGAGCAAACGCAGUCAUGUUUUCAGGGUUACUUCUCCAACGUCCAUCGAAAGAAUAUUUCCAACCUGCCAAGCGGGUGACCUGCAUGCAACAGUUGUGCUGCUGUGGUGUCAAGUGUCGGCCAGAAAGCCCAACCCAGGUCGGGAACUGA